GAGAAGCGCCUGGCCGUGCUACGGCUCUUCUGGAUCCUCACCAUCCUCAGCCUCAAGUUCGUCUUCGAGAUGCUGCUGUGCCAGAAGCUGGUGGAGCACACCCGGGAGCUCUGGUACGGGCUCAUCAUGUCGCCCGUCUUCAUCCUCCUCCAGCUGCUCAUGAUCCGAGCCUGCCGGGUGAACUGA